AUGUGGAAGGACUCCAGUAAUGACGAUGCCAGGCCUUUGGCCUCCGGCAGCAGCUCCUCCCGCAGCGCCAGCCGCAGGAAGAGGACCAGCUUCUCCAAAGAACACGUGGAGCUUCUGCGUGUCACCUUCAUGACUGACCCGUACCCCGGGAUCAGCCUCCGAGAGAGCCUGUCCCAGACCACUGGCUUACCAGAAUCACGCAUCCAGGUGUGGUUCCAAAACCGGAGAGCUCGCACCCUGAAAUGUAAAGGAGCAAAAAGAGCUCUGUGGCAGUCUAACAGCCCACACCAUGAUACUUUUCCUUCACCUCCAGGGGUUGCCAGCAAUGGGUCAACUAUUCCUCUGAGACCUCAAGGGCCCCCACCCGCCUACCCAGCCCCUGUGAAGCAGGAAAUGGAGGGCACAUACUAUGGUCAGUGUCCUCCUGCUUACUUUCCCUCUGAGGUUCAUGGACAAUACAGCUCAAUAUUUGGGCUUCAGCAGCAAAUGGGCAGAACCUCCAAUCCACCCAUGUGGGGUAUGUGGCCUCAGCCAGGCACCCAGAGCUCUCCCGUCGCUCCUCUAUGGUGCAAAACUUUGGAGAUGACGAGCUUCAGCUCAAGCUCCAACCGAGCAACCGUGUUGUAUCCAGAGCAGCAGAUGUACAGUAACUCCUCCUCCAGCUCCAUGUCUUCCACUCCAAACACACCUGAUUCUGGAUAUUGGGAAGUUAGCGCAGAUAACAGCUCACAAAUUGGAGGUCAGCUCGAGACGUCAUGGAAUGGAAUGCCUCUGGAGGAGAGCAACGAGCCAGGACAUCCAAAGGCAGUCCAGCAUGAUCCUCUUCCUGUGCUGUCCCUUCAGGACAUUCUGGGGGAGCUCAGUGAGGACUGGUUGGGGGGAGAAGGACUGGACAGUUGUACAUCUGAAGAAAAAACUGCUUUCUGCUGA